CGACACCAUGAUGCACACAGGUAAGCGGGUCGAGCCGUGUAAGUGGUGCGGGGCAUCGCAUCCCAUCGCCGGCAGAGCCCACCGGCACCCAGCGAACCCGCCAGCGGCAGAUCUCUGCUCGAAGAUUCCAGAUCGUUUAGCCCGCCAUCCCACCAUCCUCGGAGACCCUGUGGACCCUGAAUUGUAUGCCGAUUCCCAUCUCUCUCCCCAGCCUCUCGCUCCAGCAAGCAGCCAAUCACGCAUUCCCAUUCUGCAUCUCGCUUCUCGGACAGAGCCACGGACCAUGAAGACGCAAGGAUUUCCUCUGCGCUGGACCAAGUGGACCACCACCAAUGCCAGGGUCUUCUUGCCCCGAUCGCAAGAUUCACAUGUCUCUCCCUUCCAUGCGAUCUCCCUCAAAACCGCCUGCAAACCGCCCUCGCACUUUCGCUCUCCCUCCCUCUGAUCUAUCGAUUUUACGAUGACCGCCCGUUCCUCUGACUCCUUCUCUGACUCUGCCUAUGCCACUGGCCAUGCCCCCGGCUACGGCUCUGACUCCGAACCCGACUUUUCCCCUGAUCCUGAUCUCGAGCCCUGCACCGAUCGGGACGACGACAGCAUGUCGAUCGAUUUCGAUCUCGAUUCGAUCGAUUUCUUUGCCGAAGACACUGCGAAUCGCAGCCCCACAGGUGUCGUUAAUGGCUUUGUGUGCCUUGCUGACAGCUACAUGGUCCAUGCCCACUCUGGACACCGCCUUGUCCCCACUCGCUUUGCUGCCCGUCACUCUGGUCUCGCGAAGGACGACUUUGUCGCCCAGAUCAACGCCGGCCCGCUCAAGAACGGCCAAUGCAUCCUCCAAGACCUGGGUGAUGCCACCACCGUCGAGGACAUCCUCAACGCCCGCAACAUCGUCUUUGAUCCAGCCAUGGGCCUCUACCUGAACAAGCGCAACAAGAGCCCUUCCAGGCGCUUCGUCUGCUAUGAGGCGAUCCCUCCUGGUGCCCGCACCAAGCUGUACUUUGAUGUGGACUGCCACCUCCGUGCACACCGCGAUCCCGUCGAUGUCCUCCAGUACUGCGACCGAGCCAUCAAGGCCGCCUUCCCGCAGGUCCUCUCCAUCAAGUAUGCCAUGUACUUUGGCCCCAAGAAGGGCAAGGAUCGCUUCCUCUCGAUCCACAUCUUCUGUCAGGACACCAGCGUCGUCAAGAGCGACCUCGUCCGCAUCUAUGCCCACCUUAAUGCCAGUGCCCAUGACUUUGCCCAGUUCACCGACAAGGCCGAUGCCACUAUGGUCGACCCCAGUGCCAACACGCACUUCCGUGUGAUCUUGUCGGCCAAGACCCUCCAGCGCAAUGGAACCUCUGAAGACGACAUCCGCCCCUUGGUCCCCGUCGAUCCCGCAACCGGUCUUCCCUUGGAGGCCUUUGAGUUUACCGAUUACCUCUGCCAGUACCUCACGGGCAACGAGUCCCCGCUUGCCUUCACCGAUCCCGGUGUCUCCCCCGCCGCCGUUUCUGGCGCCUAUUCCGCCUCUGCCUCGGGACCUGUCCCUCCUGAGCUCCAAGCGGCGAUCAUUGACAUUCUCGCAAAGGAAAAGGGUGCAAACAACUCCUUCUCGCUCAGUGAACUGAUCCGCGACCCCGCUUCGGAUCUCGACUUCAGCGACUACAGCGUGGUCAGCGAUGGACCCACCAGCCAAGGGUUCGUCCGAAUCCGAUUCGCCACGAAGCGCUGCAUGUACAAGGCGAUCCGCCUGAACGCGAACCACUAUGUUGACCACCAGAGCAACACCAAUUAUCUCCUCGUCAGCCCCAAGAAGAUCCUGGUCCGCUGCUUCGACUCUGAGUGCACAGAAUUCUACCGCGAACACCCCAAGUUCUUGCUCCGACUCCAGCCACGCACUCCCCAGCGCCCCAACAAGUACUGGCGCGCUCUGGAGCUUGCUUUUCCGGGCAGCGUCAGUAGCAACACCAAUUUGCACAUGGCGACUCGUAUGCUCCAGCAGCAGCAGGAAGCCACACCCAUUCGCCCAGCUGGGCCCCGCGCCGACAUUCAUGCGGUCAAGCUCGAGUGGCGUGAUUUCAAGCACCAUCUGGGCCAUGAAGCCGGCCACGCCCUUCUCAGAUUCCUUUGGAAUACGCCGCUGGCCAUUCCCCGAUUCGCCAGUGUCCCCGUCAAGAUGACGAUGACGACGGCAAGCAUCCUCGAGAUCGAGUGUGAGACGUGCACUCAAUGCGACCCGGACUCGAUGUGUUCCUCCAACAGCACCUUGUACAAGCUCGACUUUGCCACCACCAUGAGCUACUCCAUCACCUCGAGCUGUCUCCCGGGCCCAUUGUGUGAUGAGAUUCCCGUGGAAAUCGCCAAUCUCCUCAUGCAGCUGCACGAACGCGCCUCGGCCAGCAGCGACCCCGACUCCUCAGCCGCCAGAGCCCGCAACGCGGCCUUGGAGGAGGACUUGAAGCGGGUGGCGGCCCCCUACGCACCCAACGCCGUUAUUGAGCGCUUCGGGGUCGAGAACAACACUGGAUCAAUCGUCGCUACCAUUCAGCGCACCUGUCCCUUCUGUUGCUCGGAGGAAGAGCGGGCUCAGACCCAGCUCUCGAUGAACCCUGUCGGCCUCACGUUCCAAUGCCUUCGCUGUGGCAAGAGCGAUCCCGUGCACAAGGGGGAAGCGUACCCGACUUCGACGUUCCUGGCACUAAACCCGCGGACCCCGCUUGCGCAGACGAUCAACAACAUCACGAUCUACUAUACGCAGCACAUUCACCAGCACAUCACUGUCCAAAACGGCGAAGUGAGCAGCAAGGAUGCCCACAUGCGCGAUCCGACCCCGUAUUUGGGCCCCAUGCCUGCCGAGAUUUCGACAUCGUUCAAGGAGGCGAUCACGAGUACCUACCCCCAUACUGCCUGGCCCCAGGUGCUGUUCCAUCUGCUCGGCGACAAGUGGAUCGGUGAGAACACCACGGUCAACGACUGGUACCACUUCACUGGUGUCUACUGGAAAUAUCACAAGGGCAAUCGCGAGUUCCAUGUUGCCAUCAUCGAGCGAAUGUGGGCUCUGAUCGACUCGGCUAUUGAGUGGUAUUCCUUCAAAGGCGGCAAGGACUUGAAGCAUGCGCAAAAGACGAUCGAUGCGCUCAAGACCCUCCGACAGAGGACCCAAGACGAUGGCCAUCUCAACAAGAUCACCGCGAUUGCGCACCUGCGCUUUUCGCGAUGCCGGGAGGAGUUCGUGGAAAAGAAGGAUCGCAAGUCGCACCUGAACGUCAACCGCAGCUGUGUGGUCGAUCUCCGCACAAUGGAAUGCCGCCGCGGCUUCCCCGAGGACUACAUGACCGUCUCCUGCAACGCCUUUUUGACGGACCCAGUGACGUCCGAGACCCUUCAAGCCAUGGAAGAGAUCGAGACGAUGAUUGGCGAUAUUUUCACGGAUCCGGCGCAGCUCGACUGGAACCAGCGAUUCAUGGCCAGCCUCCUCGACGGCGACACCACGGAGCAGUUCAUGGUGUUCUGCGUCGGUGGAGGAUCGAAUGGCAAGACGCUGCUUGCAAAUCUCAUCCAGCGCACCCUGGGCGAGUAUUCAAAGAGUCUGCCAAAUCGCUUCCUGUACUGCGCACCAGUCUCAUCGAGUGCCCCAUCCCCCGAGCUCGAGUUCAUUGUGGGUGCUCGCUAUGUCACCGUCGAGGAGCUUGACGGCUCUGACAACCACACCAAGCUUCGUAUGAACGCGUCCCGCAUCAAGAUGCUGGUCGGUGCGGGCAUGUCAUCCUUCCGAGGCAUGUAUGGCAAGCAAACGCAGACGCGCUUCUCAUGCAAGUUCAUGGUACUGUGCAACUACGAGGACCUCGAUUUGAAGGCCUUCAGUGGCUCGGACUCGAUCGUUCGACGCAUCGUGAUCAAUCCAUUUGGGUCGCACUUCUUCGCCAAAAUGGAGGACUACGAAAAGGCCCGUCGUAUUGACCCCAACGCACCCAACUUCAUGGCCAAUGGCGAGUACCUGACCAAAGCCGAACACUCGCAGGCGUGGGUUGAUGGUAUGUAUCGCCUGAUGCUCAAGUGGUACCCCAAGUACAAGGAGGGUGGCAAACUGUGCGAGACCAUCCCCGUGAUCAUGAAAGAAGCCACCCAUGGGCAGCUCUCCCCUGUGACCUGCAUCGACGAGUUCUUGGCAGCAACGUACAACUUGAUCGACCCUGAGGACGAGGCCGAUGCCUACAAGGACCCCAUCAACAUGGUCACGCAGCCAGCAUUGGCCGAGGAAUUCUACCACUGGUUCCAGCGGGCCCGCCCCACUGACAUCCUGGCUCAGAAACUCCGCGAGGAGGUUUUUGUUGCACAGACCAGCCAGGAGCGCGCACUAGGCAGGAUCCCUCACAAGUACAAGUACAACAUCGGGCAGUAUCUGCAGAGCAAUAUUUAUCUGCGCUCGCGCCUGGUGAUGCGCAAGGAAGGCACUCACGCCAACAACAAGUUCCAAGGCCUCUAUCGUCGUUCUUUGAGCGACGAACGUGAAUAGGGUGUUCGCAGGAUGCUGUCUGGGGUGUUUUAGGCGAGACACGGAGUGUGUGUGUGCGGCGAGGAAUCUCGGCGGAAUGUUGGUGGCUGAAUUAUGGUGUGCGGCGGAAUCUCCCCGGAAUCUUUAAUAGUGUGUUUUAUAUCAAAUCGGAAUCCUCAGGGUAAAGU